AUGCAUUUUUCUCUUCGCGAUAUGCCCAAGAAGAAGUUCAUCGUUUGGCAGGAAGUAGUCAAUAUGGGGAUCAAGCUUCCAAAAGGAGUUGUGGCUCAUAUUUGGACUGGAAAUCGAUCGGAACUCGCGAAAAAUCUAACAUCACAAGGAUUCUAUACUAUUUUGUCGGAAUGCUGGUAUCUUGAUCACAUUUCUUGGGAUAUUGAUUAUCAAUCGUACUACAAGUGCGAUCCACAGGAUUUCGACGGAAGUGACGCUCAAAAACGCAUGGUUUUAGGUGGAGAAGCGGCGAUGUGGGGAGAAAUGGUUGAUGCAACAAAUGCUAUUCAAAGAAUCUUCCCAAGAACGUCGGCUGUGGCUGAAAAGUUGUGGAGCAAUGGAGAGUUCACGAAGCAAGACCCAGAGAUCAUUUGGCCAAGACUGUCAGAGAUGCAAUGUCGAAUGGUUCGUCGUGGAUACCCAGCUCAACCAGGAUACGGCCCGGGGUAUUGUGAGGUCGAAUAUGAACCGAAUCUCCCCAAUUGGGAUCAGGAAAAGAUU